AUGAGGGGCCCAAGGCAAUCCAUAUUGAAAACUCUUGAACAAUCAUCAAGUUCAAUUGAAAAUAGGGGUCAAUCUAUUCUAAUUGAAAAUUACACAUUUAAUCAAGAUGUUACUCGUAUAGAACUUGCAAAAAUAGUGGUGUUGCAUGAAUAUCCUCUUUCCAUUGUUGAUCAUAUUGGUUUCAGAAGAUUUUGUCAUGCUCUUCAACCUUUGUUUAAAGUUAUUACUAGCAAUACAUUGAAGGCUGAUAUAAUGAAGGUAUAUGAUGCUGAGAGGUCCAAAGUUAUGAAAUCACUUGACAAAACUACAAGUCACGUUGCAAUAACUACUGACAUGUGGACAACCACUAAUCAAAACAAGGGAUAUAUGUCUGUCAUAACUCACUUCAUUGACAAUGACUAG